AUGGCUUUUCCUGGAAAAACAAUGACUCACAUAAACUACGAGAGACAUAGAUGGGAUUGUUGUACUAUCUUUUGAGAUGGCUAGUCAAUUGGAUAUUGUUGUCGGGGGUGGAGCUUGAAGUUGUGGCUGAAAUGUACCGGUACUUAUCUGAGUGCAUCCCAGUCUCUCAUCUAUGAAUGAUAAUGCUAAAGACUUCACCAUGAUAACCACAUUAUGUAUGUUUGGUAAGUGGGCAUCACUAUCAAACAUGUUUCUAAUUUGAUUUGGAACCUUCUUUACAUUUCUUUGUUCUAUUUGUGCAGUUUGGUUGUCUCUACCAAGUUACAGUGAACCUGUGCAGGUUAUUCCUUCUAGACUGCCAGUCUCUGUCCAUGCUGAGAGGUUCUAUAACAUCUCACACCCACGUGACGUCUGUGGAGACAUGAGAUAUGAUGUUCUGCAGUUCACCUGUUGUGAUGGAAUACUACAUGAAGGGGCAAGGCUGUCCUGCUGCGGAAGCAAUGCCUUCAGCAUCAACCAGGCAUCUUGUUGUCAAGGUCAGCUGACUGCUAAUGUGAGCCAGCUUGUGUCAGAUUGCUGCGGGUACAAAGCCUACGACCCACUCAACUAUCUGUGCUGUAACAAACGGAUACUUAAAAGGACCAAACCCUAUUCCAAGUGUUGUGGAAAAGAGCUUUUUGACAGUCACCAGCUUUGCUGUGGAGUGGAAAAGAUAGUCCUGACCAAAAUCUCCAGUAACCAUAAGUGCUGUGGAAACCAACAGUACGACAACAGAAGCCAAUGCUGCUGCAAUUAUACUGUAGUAACCACAAGGACUCUGGAUGGAAAAUGCUGUGUAUCAAAUGACACAGUGGUGACAAAACCGGCCCUGAAAAAUAGACCUAACAACUGUCCUCCUGGGGAGAAGGCCUGUGGUGAAGCCUGUUAUGACCCAACAACAGAGCAGUGCUGUAAUACCUCUUUCCAGGGGCCAUAUCCCUCUGGCCAGAAAUGCUAUCAAGGUCAGACUGCUGACUGUGGAUCCUCACCUUACAAUCCAGAAAAAGAGACGUGUUGUGCUGGGAGUGUGAAAAACAGGGUGCAUGGAAACAAUCUGUGUUGCGGUACAAAUCCCUAUAGUGUAGUGGAUGAAGACAGUUUCUGCUGCAACCAGAGCUUGUCCCACGAGCGUAAGGAGGGAAAGCGCUGUUCCCGGAGUGGCCACUUGUAUCAGCCUGACAGUCAGUUGGUGUGUGAGUCAUAUGUCAACAGACCUGGGAACCACUGCUGUGGAAAGACGACCUACGACCCCCAGACUGAGAUCUGCUGCAACGGGCACAAACACAGCAGGUCUGUGAAUGUUUCCUGCUGUGGGAAGAAGGCCUACAACCGGAGCAGUGGAGGGAAGAAGUGCUGUGCAGGUACCCUGUACGAUCUGCCCAUUCAGGGCCGGCACACAAAUGAGUCCCAGUGCUGUGGAAGUGUCCUGAUGGAGGCUGGCUCCACUCAAACCUGCUGCUUCGGGCCGGGACUUGCCCUGGUCUACACUACCCAACCAGGCUUCAGCUGCUGUGGCCACCUCUACCCUAACGCCUCCCUCUGGUCCUGCUGCGCCGGGACACUGCAACCACGGACCGAGCUGCACACCAGGAACCCCAACAAGAAUCCAGGUCCCAGGCUUCUUCAGCUGGAGGAUCUGUAUGAAGAUGUGUGUCAUAACAAUGUUUACAUAGGGACUGUGGAGACUGUGUCUGUGAUGAAAAACCAGAUGUCCGUUGUGAUGAAGAAUGCUGUGUUCUUGAUGCUCUCGAAGAACCAGGUCCGGGCCCUAUCUAACCCUGAAUAUCUGAGGUUGUCUGACCAUUGCAGCUCCCCUGAGCUGGUUCCAGGAAACACUUACAUCUGGAUGAAACCAAAUCAUACCCUGGAGGACAUACGCUUCAUCUCUGACAUCAGUGAUCACCCGUCCCCUAUAUACUCUAUUCUUUCCAUGUGCAACAUGUGAAUAUAACCAAAAGGUCAGAACAAUGGUUACACGCUUUAAAACGCUAUGUGAAUUCUGGGUAAUUUUUUUCAUAUGCUAUUUUAGAGAAACCUGGUAUUUUUUAUUCAUUUUAUUUGACCAGGUGAAGAGCUGAUUCUCAUUUAUAAUGACAACUGGGCCACUUCUCAUAUUCAAUGCCGUCCUGGCCACAGGCAUCACAUUGCAAGUAUGUUAACUAAGUUAAAAACCAGCAUGCUUAUUUUUUCUCAGGAGCCAUAUCUCAGGAAAGGUUUGAUAUUAAACUGUCACAUUACUAAGAUUACAUGUAUAUUUCAUUUAAUUACAGUUCAUUGUCUACAUUUUGUUGCCUCUCAUACUUAAGCUAUUUCUUUAAACAAGUGACAGUAAACACUGUACGCAUAAACCUGGUCACAAAUCACAUGUAAGUAAUUAACCCUUUUGAGCACAAAGAAUGCACAUAGAAUGUUGUUUAGUGUUUCAGAACAUUGUGGAAAGUUCUCCUGAGUGAUGAUCUAAUGCAGUGACAGCCAGUCAUGUUAAUUUUGGCUGCAUCAAUGAGAAGAGAAUGUUAUUGUUGUUAAACUCUUGGUUUCUUGCAACUGGCUCCAAAUGGCAAUGGAAAAGGGAGUGUCGGAAAUGUAUACAGACACUCCCUUAAGAACUCUGGGAACAUUUUAGAGUAUCAUACUUUUUUUAUUUUGGUCAAGAGGGUUUAGCCUUUUUUUAAAUCUAGGCCAGGGGAUGGUCGUAUAAUUAGUAAUGGAUGCCAGAUUUCAAUAUUUGUGAUUAGUGAUUCAGAAUGAAGUGCUUAUUACAUCGUUGUUCGUCCGAUGUUGCCCGUUAUCCUGUUUGCUCAGCUGGCUGCCUACAGUAUACUGAGGUUAUAAUCCUAUAAUCUGCCGACAGGCCUUGAGGUGUCAGGGUAACCAAGUGGUCAAGAGUGUUGUGUUCAAUAAACAAAGGGUUGCUGAUUUUAAUCCCCAUGCCAAGAUGAAAAGCCCUGUGGUUCAGUCCCUGAGCCAGACAGUUAACCAUGAUUGCUCCUAGAUCAUGGCUGUAAAUAAUAAUGUCUUCAUAGCGUACAUUCCAUGUUUUUAUAGAGAAAACAAAGUGUAUGCUUGGAAAACUGUGAGGCAAAUGUACUUGAAUGAAAAAAUUUAAAAUAACUUAAUUCAGAAAACCAAUAUGCCAAUCUUCGGGUGCUGUUGACAGGUUGAGCAAAAAUAUCAUAUUUUAUAAAAAAACAAGCUAUUUACCAAUUAUUCUUAAUGUAUAAUUAGUAUUGUUUCAGAAUAAGCUAGAAUUAAUGUCAUUGUUGUGUGAGACAUCUCACAGGAGUCUGCUCAGGAUGGGCUGCAACAAUGAAGACUCCAAAUCAGAACUCACAGAACUAAAAUGAUAGAAUGAUAUUGACAAACAAUUUAUAUUUCCUUCUUUCCUCCAUAUUAUAUUAUUAAAGGCCACAAUGCCCGCACCCCCCCCACCCCCCCCAUCCCCGACAAACACACACACACACCUAGGUUCUGACUCUUGAAUGGAAGAGACUAUUCAUUCAUUCAUUCAUCUUCUUCCGCUUCAUCCGGGGCCGGGUCGCAGG